AUGGAAUGUAGAUUAUUUGAGGCGGAGAAAGCGAUAAACUGGUUCGGUGAUGGUGGAGGGAACAUAGAGCAUAAGAAGCUUCGAGGUCUUCGUCUGAGGCGGCGCAAUCCAGAGAUUAUACGCGAAUCUCAGCGACGGCGGUUUGCUAAUGUUGAACUUGUUGAUAAAAUCAUUCAACUUUACGAAGAAUGGAAAAGCCGUCAAUUCGAGCUGGAACAGUUCCGAAAGGAUUUCAACAAGAUCAACAAAGAAGUCGCCAAACUCAGAAUUGCAGGACAAGAUGCGACUUCAUUGAUUAAAGAUACCGAGGAAAACAAGCAAUUGACUGCGAAGAAAGAAGCACAGGUUCAGGAGGCCCAAAGAGCAUUGCAUUCAAAUCUGAAUCUGGUUGGAAAUAUUGUUCAUGACACUGUUCCCGUUAGCAACGAUGAGGCAGAUAACGAGAUAGUUCGGAGUUGGGGAGAGAAGAGGGAGGAAGCAAAACUGAGAAAUCACGUGGAUCUUGUCGAUCUUCUUGGAAUUGCAGACCUGAAAAGAGGUGCCAAUGUUGCUGGUGGUAGAGGAUAUUAUCUAAAAGGAGAUGGUGUGCGUCUCAAUCAAGCUCUAGUGAAUUUUGGCCUUGAUUUCUUGGAGAAGAAGGGUUACACACUGUUGCAGACUCCAUUCUUCAUGAGAAAAGAUAUCAUGGCCAAAUGUGCUCAAUUAUCACAAUUUGAUGAAGAACUCUACAAGGUAACAGGUGAAGGAGAUGACAAGUACUUGAUUGCUACUGCUGAACAACCACUUUGUGCAUAUCACAUGGAUGAUUGGAUCCAUCCAACACAGCUGCCAUUAAAAUAUGCAGCAUAUUCAUCUUGUUUUCGUAAAGAAGCUGGAUCACAUGGGCGUGACACUCUUGGGAUUUUUCGUGUUCAUCAGUUUGAGAAACUAGAACAGUUCUGCAUCACCAGCCCUAAUGAUAAUGAUUCAUGGGACAUGCAUGAAGAAAUGAUGAAAAACUCAGAGGAGUUUUAUCAGAUGUUGAAACUUCCAUAUCAGGUAGUUUCUGUUGUUUCUGGUGCUUUAAACGAUGCUGCUGCAAAGAAGUAUGAUUUAGAAGCAUGGUUUCCUGCAUCCAGUACUUACAGAGAGCUUGUUUCGUGCUCAAACUGCACUGAUUAUCAAUCAAGAAAACUGGAGAUUAGAUAUGGGCAAAAGAAGAGUAAUGAGGAGACAAAGCAGUAUUGUCAUUUAUUAAAUUCUACCCUCACAGCAACAGAGAGGACUAUAUGCUGUAUACUUGAGAACUACCAGAAAGAAGAUGGUGUUGAAGUGCCAACAGUGCUACAGGGAUUCAUGGGUGGCAAGACUUUCUUGCCUUUUCAAUCCACUGUUAUCAAAGAAGCAAAAGGAAAGAAAUCAAAGGCAUAAAUUGUUUCAUGUUUCAAGCUUACAAUCGAAGGUUAGAUACUUGGUAAGUUAUUUGAUUUAGUUAGUCUUUAGUUCAACAUGCAGAUUGGAGGAUUGUUGGGAAGACACAAAUGGUAACGUAGGCAAUGAGGAUGGUGAUUAACAAUCAUAAGAGACAGUUUUGCUAGUUAAAUAGCUGUUAUGAUUGUUUUAAUAGAAACUUUGAUUUGGUGUAAGCACAAUUUCAAACCUUAUUUUUGAAGAAAGUUAUCUCCGCAUGUUGAGGAUGAGAGAGAGAUUCCGUAUAUGAUGUUUUGGAUUUUGGGUUGACAUUGUGACUGACUUUCAUCUAAUUUAACCUAAACUUGAUGAAUCACAGACAUCAAGAAAUGGGUGAACUGAUGUAACAUUUAUAUAAGCCGUGACACCCCCAAAAUAGUGAUAGGGAUCUAUGAUUUACCCCCACUUCAUGGACCGCCUAGAGGGUGUGCUUUACCUUAUAUGAACAUUUUACAAUCUUCUUUUAUGUCCUUCAAUAUCAUAUAU